AUGCUGCAAAAUGAGGAUGGUGUUUGGCUCUCUACCACGAUGGAACUUGAGAGUCUGGCGGUGGAGUAUUUUUGUAGACUCUAUUCCUUAGACGAUGUGGAACAAGAAGUGGCGGCUUUGCCACUAGAGGGGUUCACACAACUGACUAGCGAUGAGAUUGACAGUUUAAGAAAGCCAUUUACAGAAGAGGAGAUAGUGAUGGCAGUUCGACAGAUGGGAAGCUAUAAAGCACCGGGACCGGAUGGUUUUCAACCGGUGUUUUAUCAGAAAUGUUGGGAGGAAGUUGGUGCAUCAGUUAAACGUUUUGUGCUUGAGUUUUUCCAGACAGGGAGUCUACCACAAGACACAAAUGAUGCUCUGGUCGUGCUGAUUCCGAAAGUUGCAAGUCAGGAGAAGAUACAACAGCUACGUCCUAUUAGCUUGUGUAAUGUGUUGUUCAAGAUAAUCACCAAGACUAUGGUUGGCAGAUUGAAGCCGGUGAUGACGAAGCUAAUUGGACCAGCCCAGUCGAUUUUCAUCCCAGGGAGGUUAAGUAUCGAUAAUAUCGUGAUUGUUCAGGAGGCAGUACACUCAAUGCGGAGCAAUAAAGGGAAGAAAGGAUGGAUGCUACUAAAGCUGGACUUAGAGAAAGCAUAUGAUCAGAUUCGUUGGGACUUCCUGGAAGAUUCGCUGAGGGCAGCAGGGUUCGAUGAUCAGUGGGUUACAUGGAUUAUGCAAUGUGUUUCUGGACCGUCUAUGCGCCUAUUGUGGAAUGGGGAAAAGACAGAGCCGUUUAAGCCAUUGCGUGGGUUGCGACAAGGGGAUCCGUUGUCGCCGUAUCUAUUUGUCCUGUGCAUGGAAAGGUUAUGCCACCUGAUUGAAAGAGAAGUGGAGAAUAAGAAGUGGAAGCCAAUCAGUCUAUCGAGAGGAGGACCAAAGCUAUCGCAUAUAUGCUUUGCGGAUGAUCUGAUUUUAUUUGCUGAAGCUUCUGUAGCACAAAUUCGAGUCGUAAGAAGUGUAUUGGAGAGGUUCUGCCAAGCAUCUGGACAGAAAGUUAGUCUUGACAAGUCGAAAAUAUUCUUCUCUGAGAAUGUUUCACGAGAGCUGAGUAGUGAAAUAAGUGCAGAGAGUGGUAUACAAGCUACAAGAGAGUUGGGAAGAUAUCUAGGGAUGCCUGUCCUACAGAAGAGGAUCAAUAAAGACACCUUUGGAACCGUACUAGAGAGAAUGUCAUCCAAGCUUGCAGGUUGGAAGGGUCGCAUGCUGAGUCUUGCAGGCCGCAUCACGUUAACAAAGGCGGUUGUAGGAUUGGUUCCGGUCCAUACAAUGAGCUCAGCCAAACUUCCAGAAUCAAUGAUCAAGAGGCUAGACCGAGUAUCUAGAGAUUUUGUAUGGGGCUCCACAGCGGAACAGAGACGACAACAUUUGGUUAGUUGGGACAAGAUUUGUCGACCAAAAGAAGAUGGGGGAUUAGGUAUACGGAAGACAAGGCUUAUGAACACAGCCUUAUUAGCAAAGGUAGGAUGGAGAGUGCUUCAUGAUUCUACUAGUCUCUGGGCACGCGUUUUACGAAGUGAUGGACUACGGACUCGUUUUUGGACAGACAAGUGGCUCAUGGGAAAUAUAUUGAGGGAUGUGGCUGUUACGGAGAUCCCGGAGGAUAUGCUUAACUUGACGGCUAGUGAUUUAUGGACUGACUGGGUCGGAUGGGAUUUCCAGAGGAUCACUCCGAACGUGUCCGACACCACACGUCUUGAGUUAACAGCCGUAGUGGUGGAUACGAGAUCGGGAAGACAUGACAGGCUCUCAUGGGGAGAAACUUCGGAUGGGAACUUCACGGUGUCAUCUGCGUAUCACUUUAGCUAA